CUCUUAAAACUGUUCAGUUUGUGUCUGUUAAAUCAAUUCAAUUGCUGGGUCAGUAUUUUUUGGGAUUGGAAGAAUAUUGUAUUGGGACGGACUAGUAAAGAGUGAGUUAAAAGUUAGUUGAGAGUCAGUUGAUGGUGAGUUGAGACCUGUAUUACAUCAAAUAAUUCAUAAACACUGAGAAAAGAAUACAGUUUCUUCUCAUUUUAUUCUGUGACUUGACUAAACUGUGAGUUGAUAAAUAUGGUCAAUAGACAACUGCUUAUUGAUAUUAAUUUGUCAAUGAUGAAAAAAUACUAGACAAUCGUUGAGAAACAAUUUAUUGGUUUUGACUAUCAACAAAGUGGAGCUUUGAGUUUACUGCUUAUUUGAACAAAAUACUACAGAUUGAAGGAAAAUUAUGCUUUAAUCUGUGAUUAUAAUUUCAACAAAGUUUUUAGUAGCUCACUAGUCAUGAAGAGAAGCAUAAUGCAGCAUUCAGCAAGUUCUAUUUUCAUAUUUUCGCUGUGUUUUGCCAGCUUAACGCUGUUCAGACUCCGAAUCCGAAGGUUCAGCUGUAUUACACACGUAUCAAACACUUGGGUCCUAGACAUGAAGAGGUUGAGAUGAAAUACGGUGCGGUGCCCAAGGGAGCCGAGUGGGUAUCGAGAGGCUACUUCGUCAAUCAGAUGAACGACACUGGUUUUGGUUAUCUGGAGGUGGAGACUAACGUAGAAGCAGACAGUGAGGUUCAGGCAUAUCAUGCAGGUUUCCUUGAAGGCUACCUAACCUCACAUCUGAUCAACGCACGUUGGUUCAACAUGGUUUACCCUGUACUACUUGACAACCCCGAGUCUUUCAAGUUGGCUGUUAAUUUUGUGAGAAGCAACUCGAAGUGGGUGUCGGAAAAGUCGAAGAAGCUGCCGAACAAUCCGUUCUGGUAUCAAGUGAAAUUGUUCUACCUGCAGGUGAACGGUCUGCUGAAUGGUUAUUUGAAGACAAGUACAUUAUUGAAACUGAAUUGGGACCAUAUUCUGGUGUUGAAUAUACUGCUGGAGAUAGAGGAUGUGAUGAAAAUGGUCACGAAAUCGAACAGUUUCAACAACGAACACUGUUCGGCGCUUAUCAAGAUAAUGCACAAUAACAGCGACAUCUAUUUUGGCCACAACACUUGGACCCACUAUGCAGACAUGUUGCGUAUUCUAAAGAAAUACAAGCUGAACUACGCUACGAGUGGUUCGGAUCCCACCUUAGUACCAGGAAGAGAGAUCUCGAUGUCAUCCUAUCCUGGGGCUGUGCUAUCUACAGACGACUAUUACAUCGUUGCCUCUUCAGGUAUAGCAGUUAUGGAAACCACCAAUCAGGUCUACAACGCUUCACUCUUCAAAGGAUCCACGCCACAGGGCCUAGUUUUGGAGUCGAUCCGCACAAUGGUCGCCAAUAGACUGGCAGUAGACGGCAAAUCCUGGCACGAAACCUUCAAGAAAUACAACAGUGGUACUUACAACAACCAAUGGAUGGUCCUCGAUUACAACACGUUUGUCCCGGGCACAAAGCUAGGUCCUGGAGUGUUGUGGGUGGGGGAACAGAUGCCCAACUUUUACCACUUUGAAGAUGUGACAGAGGUUAUGGUGAGGAACGGGUACUGGGCCAGCUACAAUGUCCCCUAUUUCAAAGAGGUAUUUGAGAUGAGUGGGUAUGAUGAGAUGAAGCGUAAAAACGGGACGUGGUUUUCACAUUCAGAAACGCCACGUGCGAAGAUUUUCGCUCGCGAUCACGGGAAAGUCACAGACAUGGACACGUUCAUGAAGCUGUUGAGAUCCAACGAUUACAGAAACGAUCCGUACGCGACUUGUAACUGCACGCCGCCCUACAGUGCGGCUGGAGCCGUUGCGGGCCGCAAUGAUUUGAAUCCGUACGAUGGAAAGGGACCGCAGGCCACCCACAGGCUGUACGGCGCAAUCGAUGCCAAAAUCACCAACCUCAGCAUGUUUCGAAGAUACGCGUUCUCAUCCGUUGCAGGACCCACCCGUGGUACCAACGAUGAUCUUCCUGUUUUUAAGUGGAGUGCAAGUGGUUAUGAUCCGUAUUCAAUUCAUUUCAUGCAGCCAGAUGAGUUCGAUUUUGCAGCCGUGACAACUGAGUGGCUAUUUUCUGAUGACAAUGGUUUCAAUCGAAAAUUGAAUAAUCAAGCGAAACAGAAACAUUUAUUUCCUGGGUAUGACAAUACUAUUCCUAAGAUGGGUUUACCCUCAUUAUAGUCCAAAUGGAAAGGGUAAAGCCUUGAGCUUAAUGUAUUACUAACCACUUUCUUUAAUAAGAGGUUCUUUAAUAAGCCCUAUAUUAUGAGAAUGAUAGAACUAAUGCAUCAUGGUAUUAACAUUUAUAUCACAGUAUAAUAUUCCAUAUUAUUUACAGAAUAUUUGAAAUCAAUAUAUCAUAUUCACAGUA